UACCUGGGGCAGGUGGAGCACAUCCUGCGCUGCGGCUUCAGGAAGGAGGACCGCACGGGCACCGGCACCCUGUCGGUGUUCGGCAUGCAGGCGCGCUACAACCUGAGAGAUGAAUUUCCUCUGCUCACAACCAAACGUGUAUUCUGGAAAGGUGUUUUGGAGGAGUUGCUGUGGUUUAUCAAGGGAUCCACAAACGCCAAAGAACUGUCUUCCAAGGGAGUGAAAAUCUGGGAUGCCAAUGGAUCCCGAGAUUUUUUGGACAGCCUGGGAUUUUCUGCCCGAAAAGAAGGGGACCUGGGCCCAGUUUAUGGCUUCCAGUGGAGGCAUUUUGGAGCAGACUACAAAGAUAUGGAUUCAGAUUACACAGGUCAAGGAGUAGACCAGCUGCAAAAAGUGAUCGACACCAUCAAAACCAACCCUGAUGACCGUCGGAUCAUCAUGUGUGCCUGGAACCCGAAAGAUCUUCCUCUGAUGGCGCUGCCUCCCUGCCAUGCCCUCUGCCAGUUCUAUGUGGUGAAUGGGGAGCUGUCCUGCCAGCUGUACCAGAGGUCUGGAGACAUGGGCCUGGGUGUGCCCUUCAACAUUGCCAGCUACGCCCUGCUCACCUACAUGAUUGCACACAUCACAGGCCUGCAGCCAGGUGACUUUGUACAUACGUUGGGAGAUGCACAUAUUUACUUGAAUCACAUUGAGCCACUGAAAAUUCAGCUUCAGCGAGAACCAAGACCUUUCCCAAAGCUUAAAAUCCUUCGAAAAGUGGAGACAAUUGAUGACUUCAAAGUGGAAGACUUUCAGAUUGAAGGGUAACAGGCACACCUGGAAGCAGUCACUUCCCCCUCCUGCUAGAUCACAUCCUGGGCCGCCUCCCAGGCAUGGGAAGGACCAGGGCACUGAGGUCACAUCUGGAUCCAGUGUGGCCACACCUCUUCCCAUCCCUGACCUAGAUAAGUCCUGGCCUGUGGGUGAGUGGCCCCUUUUGGCCUUCUCUCUCCACUAAGCACAACGGCUGAUCGGCAAAUAAACUUCUUUUCCUGCCUGAAUACCGAGUGCUGUUCUCUUAGUUGGCUAU